GUGUGUGUGUGUGCGUGUGUGUGUGUGUGUGUGUGUGUUCGGCGGCGGUGUGUUUCGGUCAGUGAGCUCUCUCUAUGAUCUACAUGCUUCCUGCUUCAGGCUUUAAUGUUUCUGAUCAACAAACUGUCAGAUUUUAAUAUUCAGACUUUUUCAACAAUUUGUGACUGAAAUCUGAUUUUCAGACUGAAAUAAUGUUUUUGUCUCCUGAAGCCAAACAGAAAAGUUUUUUACCGAAUCAAACGGAUCUGUGCGAUUUUUCUUGUUUUGAGACAAAGAGUGUUUAUGCAGACAGAUGCUCCACUCGUCAGUCCAGAUGACGACAUCCUGGUGAACUUUUCCUGCAGCAGAUGGUCGUCUGGUUCUGGUCACACCUUCAUGUUUACCAGAACCAUCUGACGGGUCGGUACCGCUGCCAGGAUACCUGCUGGAGUUGCUCUGAUCCCCGAGGUGGAGCAGAAAUAAAUCCUCAGUCUCUCCGUCUGUCUCAAACAUGAUGGCUUCAUGUUCCUCUGAUGGAAAACAUUUAAUGAGAGAAAUAAUAUCAGAUUUAAACAAGUUCUCAGGUUUAGUUUAACUUAGAUUUUCUUCAUUCUAACUUCAGGCGAACAAAAUCAAACAUUAACAGUCUUAUUAUUUACUAAACUAAACAAGUUUUAUUCAGUUAUCAGGUCAAAUCUCACUGCAGGGACAGUUUGUUACAUUCCUUCCACCGUAUGAGCUCAACCUUCAGCACUUCAUACCACACACACACACCCCUACACACACACACACACACACACACACACACACACACACACAUAUACACACACACUGUGAGUGUUUGAGAUGAAGGUCUGGUCCAGAUAAGCUCUGAAGUGUUGGGCUAAAUGUGGAAUCCAGCGGUGAUAAGACAAACCGGCGUUGAACCAUCAGGCGGUUCGUAACGAGGCGUUCAGGCUCAGUCAGGAGAAGUUAGAGGUGAAUCAACAUCCUGGAAGGUUUUUAAAUAUCAAAACCAAGAAUCCAUUUCUUCAAGGUGAGACGUGACGAAUCUGCAGAGGUUUGAAUCCAGAAAAACUCAGAGGAAACGUCGGGACUUUAAAUCGUUUCCUGAAGAAAAGAGGAAGGCUGGAGGUGAGGAAGACUCUGCUGGACAUGGAGGGACAGCCAGAGGUCAAAGAAACCAGAAUGGAGGCAGAAAACGACUCGACUGCUUCAGCUUCAGGCGGAGGGAAGGAAAAACUGCAAACAGUGGAGGGAGAGAAAGAAGAGUUUCAUCAGGAGACGAAGGAGAAGAUGGAGGAGGAAGAGAAGGAUGAAGAGGAAGAGGAGGAAGACGAGACAAAAACAGUGAAACAUUUGGGACUUUGGGAAUCUGAGGCUGCAGACGUGAAGCCGCCGCUGCCGGAUCCAGAGUUUAACCGCAGAUGCAGUUUGAUCCUCAGUGAUGUCCGGUAUAAGGAGGACUUUGAGAAGAUGAAGGGUCAGAGUCUGUUUGUCCCUGGAGCCGAACUCAUCCACUCCAGGAACAUCAGCGCUGUGAUCUCUGAGUCCAAGUACAAGGAAGACGGGAAGAAGGAGGCGAAUCUGUCUCUGUACUCCGUCCUGCCUGAGACUCCAGAGACGCAGCGCGCCAAGGAAGCUUCAGAGCUGCAGAGCGAGAUCAAAUAUAAAGGGAAUGUGAAGACGGAGAUUUCUUCCUCUCUUUACUCUCUGCUGCCUGAAACCACAGAGACCCAGUUUGUGAGAGAGCUGACGGAGAUGCAGAGCGAGAACAAAUACAAGGAGGAAGGCAGGAAGGAGAUGAGCAGCAGUUUGUUCUCUCAGCUUCCUGAAACCAGCCAGACGCAGCUGGCCCGGACCGUCCAGGACCUCCAGAGCCAGAAAAAGUACCAAGAAGACGGGAAGAGGAAGGCGUCCGUGUCGCUGUACUCCCAGCUGCCAGACACGCCGGAGAUCCAACACGCCCUGGAGGUUUCCCAGCUGCAGAGCGACGUGAAUUAUCGCUCCAAGCUGCUGGGAAGAGGAGCUGCUUCCUCCCUGUACUCCCAGCUGCCCGACACCACAGAGAUCCAGUUCGCCCGGGAGAUGACGGAGCUGCACAGCGAGAGUAAAUACAAGGAGGGCGGCAGGAAGAGCCUGUCUCAGAGUUUCUACUCUCAGCUGCCAGAAACGGCAGAGACUCAGUUUGCUAAAAGUGUUUCUGAUCUGCAGAGCCAGACCAGAUACAAGGAAUCCGGGAGGAAAGGCGGGAGCUCCAGUCUGUACUCUCUGCUGCCGGAGACGAUAGAAAUGGUUCGAGCCAAAGAGGUUUCUGAGCUCUGCAGCGAGCUGAAGUAUAAAGAAGACGGCAGGAAGGAUGCGAGCGUCAGCCUGUACGCCGUCCUGCCGGAAACCAUGGAAACGCAGCGAGCGAAGGAGGCGUCCAGCCUGCAGAGCCAGCUGAAAUAUAAAGAAGGUGUGAAGGAGAUCCAGAGCAGUUUGUACCAUCAGAUGCCUGAAACUACGGAAACCCAGAUGGCCAAACAUCUGUCAGAGCUGCAGAGUGACAUGAAAUAUAGAGAAGCAGGAAAGAAGCAGAUCAGCAGCUGCCUUUACUCUCUGCUGCCUGCGACUCUGGAGACGCAACACGCUAAAGAGACGGCCGAGCAGCUGAGCCAGCUGAAGUACCAGGAGAGCAGCAGGAAGGAAAUGUCCAGCAGCCAUUAUGCCACCAUGCCGGAGACGUCAGAGACCAGCUUCGCCAGAGAAAUGAGUGACCUGCAGAGUGAGGUUAAAUAUAAGCAGGACGGGAUGAAGAGCGUCGCUCAGAGUCUCUACAGUCGGCUGCCGGAGACGGCUGAGAUGAAGUUCGUUAGAGACGUUUCUGAGCUGCAGAGCGAGAUGAAAUACAAGCAGAGCAGGAAGGAAGUGAGUCGCUCGCUGUUUUCCUCGCUGCCUGAGACUCUGGAGACGAUUCACGCGAAAGAGGUUUCUGACCUGAUCAAUGAGAGGAAAUACAGAGAGUCUGUGAAGAAAGAUCUGAGCUGCAGCCUCUUCCACCAGCUGCCACAGACGCUGGAGACGCUCCAUGCUAAGGACGUCUGUGACCUGCUCAGCGAGGUCAAAUAUAAGGAAGACGGUAAGAAGGAGAUGAAUGUGAAUCUGUACUCUGUGAUGCCUGAGACCAUCGACACGCAACACGCCAGGGAGGCGUCAGAGCUGCAGAGCGAUGUGAAAUAUAAAGAAGGUGUGAAGGAGAUUCACAGCAGUUUGUACCAUCAGAUGCCUGAAACUACGGAAACCCAGAUGGCCAAACAUCUGUCAGAGCUGCAGAGUGACACCAAAUACAAAGAAGCUGGAAGGAAAGAGAUGAGGGACAAUCUUUACUGUCAGCUACAGAACAACAUGGAGAUCCAGAGAGCGAGAGAAACUGGCGAGCUGCAGAGUGAGGUGAUGAAGAUGAUGAUGAUUAAAUAUAAAGAAAGUGGGAGGAAGAAAAUGUCCGACUCUUUGUACUCGACUCUCCCUGAUACUCUGGAAACCAGCUUCGCCAGAGACAUGACUGACCUACUGAGUGAGAACAAAUACAGAGAGGAGGGGAAGAGGAAUCUGGCUCAGAGUUUUUACUCUCAGCUUCCAGAAACAGCAGGGACUCAGUUCGCUAAAACCGUCUCUGAGCUGCAGAGUCAGAUGAAAUAUAAGGAAUCAGGGAAGAAAGAAUGGAUGAACUCUCUGUACUCGACUCUACCGGAGACUCUGGAAACGCAGCACGCUAAGGAGGCGACGCAGCUGCAGAGCCAGCUGACGUACAAACAGAACCAGCCGGUCGGAUCCAGUCUCUUCCACCUGAUGCCAGAGACCAUCGACACGCAGUUUGCCCGGCAGCAGACGGAGAUGCUGAGUGAGGUGAAGUACAAAUCAGACGGGAUGAAGGACCUGAGCCUCUCGCUGUUCUCUCUGCUUCCUGAGACUCUGGACAUGCAGAGAGCCAAAGAGCUGCAGGAGCUGCAGAGCCAGGCAAAAUACAAAGAGGCCAGUAAGAAGCAGAGUUCAUCGUCUCUGUACCACCGACUGCCUGAAACUCUGGAGACGCAACACGCCAAGGAAGCGACGCGGCUGCAGAGCCAGCUGCUUUAUAAAGAAGGAGUGAAGAAGGAGCUGCAGUGUCCGGUUUACCACCAACUUCCUGAAACCCUGGAGACACAGUUGGCCCGCGAGGUCGGCCACAUGCAGAGCCAACACAGAUACACAGCGGAGGGGAAGCAGCUUCUCUCUCAGAGUUUUUUCUCUCAGCUGUCAGAAACCAGAGACAUCAGGUUGGCUAAAGCCGCCGCUGAGCUGCAGAGCCAGAACAAAUACAAAACGUCCGGUCAGCAGCAGGACGGCAGCAGCUUCUUCUCUGUGAUGCCAGAAACUCUGGAGACCCGACAUGCCAAGCAGGUUUCUGAGAUGCAGAGCCAGCUGAAGUACAAGUCGGACCUGAAGCUCCAGUCCAGUUUGUUCUCCAGCCUUCCUCAGACGCUGCAGACCCAACGGGCCAAAGAGGUGACCGACCUGCAGAGCCAGGUGAAGUAUAAGCAGAAGGACUCGUCGUCUCUGUACCAGCGGCUCAGUGAGACGCCGGAGACGCUGCGGUCCCGGCAGCUGACGGAGGUCCAGAGCCAGGUGAAGUACAGGAAGGAGCUGGAGGAUCUGCCCUGCACACUGUUCGCUCAGCUGCCUGAAACCCUGCAGACGCAGUUUGUUAAAGAAAUGGCCGAGACGCACAGCGAGGUGAAGUACAAGCAGGCGACGAAGGAGCAGGCGGCGUCAUCUCUUUACUCCUCGCUGCCUGAGACCCUGGAGACGCGACACGCUAAAGACGCUGCAGCGCUGCAGAGCCGCAAAAAAUACUCAGAAGAAGGAAGGAAGGAGAUGAGCUGCCCUCUGUACGCCCAGCUGGCUGAAACGGCAGAAACUCAGUUUGCCAGAGAGGUGACAGAAAUCCAGAGUGAGAACAAAUAUAAGGAAGGAGGGAAGAAGAUCCAGACGGUCAGCGUUUACUCUCAGCUCCCAGAAACCAACCAAACCCAGUUUGCUAAAAACGUUUCUGAAAUCCAGAGUGAGGUGAAAUAUAAAGAGUCAGGAAAAAAAGAAAUGUGCAGCAGUUUGUACUCGAAGCUUCCUGAGACUCUGGAGACGCAGCAUGCUAAAGGCGCUACGCAGCUGCAGAGCCAGGUGAAGUACAAGCAGCCGCUCAGCGUCUCUCUGUUCCACCGCCUUCCUGAGACGACGGAGACGCGGCUCGCCAAGGAGCUGAGAGACGUUUACAGCCAGGUGAAGUACAGAGAGGAGGGGCAGAAGGAGAGGAGCAGGAGCCUUUACUCCCGCCUCCCGGAGACGGAGGAGACGCAGCGGGCCAGAGACACGGCCCAGAUCCAGAGCCAGUCAAAGUACAGGAAGGACCUGGAGGAUCUGCCCAGCUCUCUGUUCUCUCUGCUGCCUGAAACUCUUCAGACGCAGUUUGUUAAAGAAAUGAGCGAGACGCACAGCGAGGUUAAAUACCGGGAGGCCAGCAGGCAGCAGGGCAGCAGCGCUCUGUUCCACCGGCUGCCCGACACGCUGGAGACGCGCCGCGUUAAAGACGUCACUGGGCUGCAGAGCGAGAAUAAAUACAAGCAGAGCGGGAAGAAGUUCCUGUCGACUAGUUUCUACGCUCAGCUGCCACAGACUGCAGAGACGGAGCUCGCCGCCAAGAUGGCCGACCUGCUGAGCGAGAACAAAUACAAAGAGGACGGCAUGCAGAGCCGCUCACACAGCCUCUACUCCCAGCUGCCGGAAACCGCAGAGAUCAACUUCGCUAAAACCGUUUCUGAGCUGCAGAGCGAGGUUAAAUACAAGGAGGCCAGCAGGAAGGAGGCGGGCAGCUGCCUGUACCACCAGCUGGCUGAAACUCUGGACACUCAGCAUGCAAAGGAAGCCACAGAGCUGCAGAGUGAGGUGAAAUACAGAGAAGGUAAGAAGGACCUGAGCUCCAGCCUGUUCUCUCUGCUGCCGGAGACGGAUGAGAUGAAGUUCGCCAAAGUCGUGACGGAGCUGCAGAGCGAGAAUAAAUACAAGCAGAAAGGCAGGCAGGAGAUCAGCAGCACCGUUUUCCACCAAAUGCCUGAAACCAGAGAGACGGAGUUUGUCAAGCAGAUCUCAGAAAUACACAGUGAAUAUAAGAAGGACCUGCAGGAUCUGCCCAGCUCUCUGUUCGCUCUGCUGCCUGAAACUCUGCAGACUCAGUUUGUUAGAGAAAUGAACGAGACGCACAGCGAGAAUAAGUACAAGGAGGCCAGUAGAAAGGAUCUGGUUCAGUCUCUGUACUCUCAGCUUCCUGAAACCAAAGAAACUCAACAUGCCAAGCAGCAAACUCAGCUGUGCAGCGACAAAGCGUACAGAGAGGAGGGGAAGAAGGAAGCGGGUCGCUGUCUGUACGCCCAGAUGCCCCAAACCAUCGAAACCGUCUUCGCCAAGGAGGUGACCAAGGCGCUGAGUGACAAAUCCUACAAGGAGAAGUUCAACCGUGAGAAGGGGAGGAGCGACUACAGCGGCAUGAAGACGCUGCCGGAGGUGGAGCACGCCAUGGAGGUCACCAAGAAGCAGAGCCAUAUCAGCUACAGGAAAGGUAGAGAGGAACUCCACCGCUACAACCCGGCGCCAGACCGGCCCGACAUCAUCAGCGCCGCCAACGCAGCCAAGCUGGCCAGCGACGUUGCCUAUAAGCGCAGCGCCAAGCAGCCGGCCUACAGCGAUGAAUCCGUCCUGGACAGAACCGACAUCCUGCAGGCCAAGCAGGCCUCCAGGCUGGCCAGCCAGGUGAAGUACAAGGAGAGCUUCGAGCGGCAUUUAAAGGGCCAGCGUCCGCGCUACAACCCCAUGGACUGCGUCUCCUUCAGACACACGCAGGCUGCAGCUGCUCUGGCCAGUCAGGUCAAGUAUAAAACCAACCAGAACCAGAGGCCUGAAGGCUCGUUGGACCUGCCCAACCUGCUGCAGCUGGAGCACGUCCUGCAUGCCAGCAAGCUGCAGAGCAACCUGGAGUACAAGAAGAAGUACGAGCAAACCAAGGCCCACUACCACAUCGCCGUGGAUACGGCGGAGCAGCAGCACCACCGGGAAAACGCCGUGCUGCACAGCCAGGUGAAGUACAAGGAGGAGUAUGAGAAGAACAAAGGACGCUCUCUGAUGGAGUUUGGAGAAACUCAGAGCUAUAAAGUCUCUAAAGAGGCUCAGAAGAUGCAGAGCGAGAGGGAAUACCGCAGGGACUUUGAGGAGCAGGUGAAGGGGAAAGCUCUGCUGGAAGCGGAUCAGACUCCAGGAUUCCUGACGGCCCGGAACGCCAGCAGCCUGCUGAGCGAGAAGGAGUACAGGAAGGACCUGGAGCAGGAAGUGAAGGGGCGGGGCUUAUCUGGGCUCGGCCUGGAGGAAACGCCUGAGCUUCUGAGGGUGAAGAAAGCCGGUCAGAUUCUGAACCAGAAGGAAUACCGGCGGGAUCUGGAGACGGAGAUCAUGGGGAAAGGGAUGGAGCUGAGCGCCGACGUCCUGGAGAUCCAGAGAGCCACCAGGGCCUCGCAGAUCCAGAGCCAGAUUUCGUACAAACAGACGGAGCAGCUGAGGGAAAACUCGUACGGGACGCUGACCGACACGCCGGAGCUGCUGCACGCCUCCUACCUCAAAGACGUCUACAGUCAGAAGAAGUAUAAAGACGAGGCGGAGCAGCUGAAGGGUCGGUACCACCUGGUGUCAGAAACCCCGGAGAUGGAGCGGGUCCGAGCCAACCAGAAACACAUCAGCUCUCUGCAGUACUGCUGGGACGCCAAGCUGAUGAGAGGCCUGACGGCGUCGGCCGCCGAGACGCCGGAGAUCGUCCUGGCCAGAGAGAACGCCAAGAAGAUCAGCGACGUCCAGUACAGAGAGGAGGUGGGUCAUGGCACUCCUGUCAAGGACACGCCUGAGAUGGAGCGAGUCCGACGGAACCAGGAGAACAUCAGCUCAGUGAAGUACAGGCAGAGCACCAAGGCCUGCAGCGUGGGAGUGACUCCAGAACUGGAGCGGGUCAAACAGAACCAGCAGAACAUCAGCUCGGUCCGGUACCAGCGCGGCCUGCAGGAGCUGAGGGGGCGGAGCUGCAGCGAGCUGGACACGCCCGAGUACCGGCGGGUCAGGCGGACCCAGGACUCGGUCUCCAUGGCUAAGUACCAUGAGGACUUUGAGCGGACCCGCGGUCGGGGCUUCACGUCGGGAUUGGACGAUCCCAGCAUGGAGCGCUACCAGAGAGCCAAUCAAAUGAUGGGGGAGGCGGCCUACGCCAAGGGGAUCCACCCCCAGGCGGUGGAGAUGGACCGGCGGCCCGGAGGCAUCAUCGUAGACCUGAAGGUGUGGAGGACGGAUCCAGGCUCCAUCUUUGAUUUUGACCCAGUAGAGGACAACAUUCAGUCCAAAAGUCUGCGCAGGAUGUCGGAGCGCGCCGGCCACAGGCUGAGCAGCCAGCUGUCCCAGCAGUCUGCCAGCUCUGUGACCUCUGACCUCUGGGACUGCAGCGGCAGCAGCACUCCUGCUCCCGUCCUGCCCGGUGCGUACCAUCAUCAUCAUCAUCAGGGCGUCCAGCAGCAGCAGUUCCAUCAUGGCUACAUGCAUCAGACCAGCAUGUCGUCGGUCCGAUCCGUCACCUCGCCGCCGCACUCCGCCACAUCGCGUGUUUACCGGGCGCUGUACGACUACGCCGCCCAGGACCACGACGAGGUGUCCUUCAGGGACGGAGACGUCAUCGUCAACGCCCAGCCCAUCGACGAGGGCUGGAUGUACGGCACCGUGCAGAGGACCGGCAAGUCCGGCAUGCUGCCCGCUAACUACGUGGAGUGUUGCAACUGAACAGGGAGGAGGAGGAGGAAGAAGAGCCGGCGUCCUUCAGGGUGAAAACUUUCAACGCUCUCAGAUGCUGGUGAUGUUUUUAUUUCAGGGUUCCUUUAUGUUCCACCAGAAAUGACAUCCAACAUGUUCUCCGCUGAACCGUUUAGUCAUCAGCCAAUCAGACGCCUGGCAGUUUACUGAGGAAGAGGAGGAUGUGUGUGAGAGGCUGAGGUUCUGAUCAACCACAGGAAAGAAAAUUAGUUGGAGGGUAAAAAGAGCUCUGAUGGUCAAAUGAACUGAGUCAAAUUGAAAGAAGUGGUCUAGUUCAAGUUUCAGGUUGAGGCUCUGUGAUAUUUCUUCCUCUGUCAGUUUUUUUGUUGUUGUUUUUUUCUAACCCGUCUCCACACAUCGCUCAUCCUGUCCUCACUAAUUCACUCAGAUCUAAUCUGGAUGAUUUUCCUUCCACUAAACUUUCUGAGUGAAAAGAAGCAGACAAAGUGAACGAAAACGUUUCCCUCGUAAAGCUGCUGUUAGCAAACGAAGCUACAUCCACUCUGACACUGGAUUAUAAUCCCAGAUUAUUUAAUAUUUAGUAAUUAACACGUUUAUGUUUCAUUGGCUGAUUUUCUAUAACUUUUAUUCAUGUAUUUAAAAAUGAAGGGAGAAUUUCACACUGACUUUAAUAUAAAGAUUUUAUCUCAGUGUCUCAAAUUUAAAUAAUUGACAACUUAAUGUUUAUUAUUUUUGUUUUAUUAAUAUUUAUAAAUUCAUUUUAAGAUGCCUCCUCUCAUACUAAAGUUAUAAAUAUUAUGUAACAGAUUUGAUCAUUAUUUCUCUUGGCUUUUCUUCAAAACGGGAAAAACAAGAGAGAAUAAAGUCGGACAGAUUGAUGAACCUGAGAAGGAAGAACUCUGGAUGAUCUGAGAUUAGAAACGUUAGAGGACAGAAAGAGAGUUGAAGAAAGAACGAACAGCAGAAUAAAAAUUAAAAACAAGAAUUAAAAUCAGAUUCUGGAUCAAUGUUGGAUUUUCUGCUGCUGCAACAGCAGCAAAUAAAAAUAUCAGUCAUGUUUCCUGUAAUUAAACAUAUAUUUAAUAAAAGCCUACAUAUUUUUUACAGUGCAUUGAGGACAGUUUAGUUUGGGUCCAGUCAUUAACAGUCCAGUGAGCCUGUAUUUAAUGGACCUACUGGUUCCCAGGAUGAAACCAGUUCAGCUUUUCUCUGUUUAGUUCAAACAUAAAGUUUAAAGAUUUCUUUUUCUACAUUUUCCCUCAUAAAUCAGAAAAUCUUCAGGUUCUACGGGAUCGGUUGUUUCUCUAAAUGAUGAACUGAAUAUGCAAUAUUUUGGUUAUUUAAUGGUUUCAGGUCUUUGAGUGUUAAAGUCAGAGCCAGUAAAACGCGGCUCCUCGUUUAUGGACUUUAUCUGGGUGAAGCUGAGAUUUUUAUUUUCAGUUUCAUCCACAAAGCAAUAAAAAGGUAGAAUUUCCCCCAGAUGGUGAUUUUAGAGCAGAAACAGAAAAAAUGCUGUUUGGAUUUAUUUAAAAACCAGUGAACAUCUCUGCAGACAUUUUGUUAGGAGAAAAAUGAAAAUGAAGAAAGAUGCAAAAAAUUCCACAUUUUCUCUUUGGCUCUUUUAUUUUGAAGUGAUUUAGCAGAAGGAAUGGAGGACGGAGAAACGAGUGAGUUCAUCCUCAGCUUGAUAACCAGUUUAGUUUUUGUCAUUUCUGUGUUGAAUAAUUUUUACAGAGAUGAAAAAAUCUCAGUUUCAGUCAGAAACAGACACAAUAACCUCUGUGUUUUUUAUUUUUAACAUUUUUAUGUGCAGAUAACUGAAUUUUUCAUGUGUUUGGACUGAAGCUGCGUGAGAACAUAAAACUUUU